AUGCCCAAGAUACUAGCAAACACCAUUAUUGGUCAGGAUUUGGUCAUCGAUUCUUUUCAAGAGCAUUACAAGAGGGUCAUGGAAGCCCUUGUACUGGCUUCCAAAUACAGAAAAAAUUACAGGUACAAUCAUGCCACAGAAAAAAUUGUUGAUGGAAAACGUGCAGAUAUUGUUGGCAAGAGGAUGUGGGGAACUGGUGAAGAAAUUUUUGUCGGGGAACAAGCUGGGCCACCUAGUCAAUCUGACCUCACAAAAUCAGCAAUGGAUUCAGCAAAACCAAUUAUGAACACUCUUGAGUGA